AUGUCUCUCUGCCCCAAACAUGAAAACCGCAAGACCUACGACGUGGCCAAUAUGGCAUUACGCUGUGCACAAUGCGUCUUCGCCAUUCUUGUCCCAGCACUCUCCGGGGUGGACCUUGGUCGCUGGUCCCAAUCUGGCAGUCACGCCGACUCACGCUGGAUAUACGCCGAAGUGGUAUCCGUCGUGUCGAUACUGACAGCCUGGGCCUGCGGCUUGAGACAGCGUCGCGCGCAAUCCCGAGCCAGUUUGGGGUUUUGCGUCUUUUGGCAGGCUGUGCUCAGCUUGCUCUGGGUGGUCGUUAGCGCCGUGUUCGGGCAACUCGCCGCAUCUGACUCGGCGGCUGCCGCGGAGGAGCUCGACGUUACAGGGCCGGCCGUCGGGAUGGCCUUUGCAGCCAGCAGCUUCAGCACUCUCCUAUGGGUUCUUGAUGCCCUGGAGGCCUGCGCACGCUGCACGGCGGGCAGGGCGGAAAAGGUUGGUGCAGAGGAACAAGGUGGGCAGGGACUUGAGGAGGAGGGUGUACGGGUUAUAGGGCUGGAGGGAACGGGGGAAACGGAGGAAACGGAGACGAGAGGGGCGCAAGAGAUGAAUGGCCAGAGCAGCGAGGCUCUGCCACCGUAUUCCGAGGUAGAGUCGACGAUAGAAAUUGGCAAGACCGAGCUAGCCGUCGACGACCUCGCGCUGCUGCACCACUACCACACCGUCACCGCACCAACCCUCGGCGAUGCGCGUCUAUGGCGCGACGCCGCGCCGCGUCUCGGCCGCGAGCACCCUUGCAUCUUCCACAUUAUGCUGUCCCUCUCCGCGUACCAUCUCGCCCGGCUACGUCCCGCGACAACGACGAGCAGCGCAUCCGCCGCACACUGUCGACGUCUUGCCGAGCACCACUACGAGGCCGCGGUGCGGCUGGCAGUGCCGAUGCUGCCGCGCCUCGACGUCGUCAAUUGCCAAGCGCUCUACGUUGUGACGGUGCUGAUUUGCUUCACGGCGUUUGCGCGGGGCCCGUCGUCGUCGGGCGAUUUGCUGCUGGUCGCGCAGCAGCAAGGUCUCGUGCCGUGGAUGUCGCUGCUGCGCGGCGUGCGCUUCGUUCUCGAAACGGUGGGCUCUGCGACCGUUUUGUCAGGCUUUCUGGCGCCAGCGCCGGAGACGACGCCAGAGGCUUGUUAUGCGUGUAGGUCUGGAUGUGGGCGAUGUUUUGCUGCUUUGGCCCAGCGCCGGGCAUGGAAUUGGCGCGAGACGCUGGGAAGAAUUCAAGAGGUGGCCGCGAAAAAGACUUGCUCAGAUGCUGCUUCUGCUGCUGCUGCUGCUGCUGCAAAAAUAUACGACGGAGCAAUUAAGUCCCUCGUGAGAUGCUUCGAGACAACCUUUAGGGAGGAUGAUGCUACUGUGCCCAAAACAUGCACGCAGGGCCAGGUUCAUGUCGUCAUGGCGUGGGCUUAUACGCUGGACCCCGACUUCGUUGCAAAACUGGCGGAAAGCGACGAGAUUUCGCUCGUGCUGCUGGGGCAUUUUGCGGUUUUAGUUCAAACGCUGGGCAGGUAUUGGUUCAUUAAGGGCUGGGGGGAGCAUAUACUGCGAGAAGUCAGGCAGAUCCUAGGCGAGGAAUGGGCUGACUUGCUCCCCUAUGAAUUUUACAACGCCAGAUGCUAA